AUGGAAGUGGAAUGUCAGGAAACUCAGGAUUGCAGACAGAUACAGGUUGUGGUAAGAUCGAAAGGAGGUUUGAUCGAACUUGAUGGGACAAUGGAAGCAGCAAAAACCGAAAAGAUCCAGGAAAAAUUCAAUAAUGAUAUCCAUAAGCAAGAUAUUUUGGUUGCAAGUGGCGAGUGUGAUGGUGCAGAAAUAUUUUCAGAAAUGAAUGAAUCUCAUGUGGCAGCAUCAUCGUUUGUUUAUAAUAACAAGCUUUUUGUAAUUAAGGGAACAUUCACUGAGACAAUCGAGACAUUAGAUCUCAAUGAACUAGCUUUGAAAUGGAUUGAAUUUUCUGACGAAUUUCCUGAUCGCGUCAUGGAUGCAAAAUUUGUGACCCAAACUUGCAGGCAUUUUGAGGUCCUUCCUUACACUGCUAUAAGUUAA